AUGGCUCGUCGUGCUGUGGAGGCACUGCUCGUCAUCUGGUUCCUCCUCCUACCCCUCACGGCAUCGAGCUUCCUCGUCACAGAGAGCAGGCGCCGGUCCGGCGAGACUGGCGACGAGGUGCUCGGCAUCGCACUCGGCGCGACACACUCGUGCAUUGCCACCGUACACCCGGACGGCUCCAUCAAGAUCGUCCCCGACGACCAGGGCAACCGCGUCACCCCCGCGUGGGUCGCCUUCACCGACGACGGACAGAGGCUCGUCGGCGAGGCCGCCAGGNNNCUGGGACGGCGGUUCAGCGACGCCGACCUGCAGCGGGGCGUGGAGACCUUGCCGUACGCCGUCGUCGACCGGGACGGGAUGCCGUACGUCCGGGUGGAGGUGGGCGAGGACGACGUGCGGUUGCUCAGGCCCGUGGAGAUCACUGCCGCGGUGUUCGCAGACAUGAUGGACAGGGCGGCGGCCCACCUGGGCAGGAAGGUCACGCGGGCGGUGCUCACCCUGCCCGCCCACUACACCGGCGCGCAGCUGUACGCUACCAAGCAGGCCGGCAUCCUCGCCGGCCUCGACGUCCUCCGCUUGGUAAGGGAGCCCGUCACCGCCGCCAUCGCCUACGGCCUCGACAAGCAUAGGGGCGACGCGAGGAACAUCCUCGUGUUCGACCUCGGCGGCAGCACGCUCGACGUCGCCGUGCUCACCCUCGACCAAGGCAUGUUCGAGACCAUGGCGAGCCGCAGCGACGCCCACCUCGGCGGUGACGACUUCGACCGGCGAAUCGCGGGCUACUUCGUCGAGCUGAUCCAGCGGAAGCACGGCCGGGACGUCACCGGCGACGACCGCGCGAUGCACAGGCUGCUGCGGGAGUGCGAGCGCGCCAAACGGGCGCUGAGCGACCAACACCAUGUGCUCGUGGAGCUCAAGGCGGUGUUGGAUGGCGUCGACCUAUCGGAGACGCUCACCAGGGUGCUGUUCGAGGAGCUCAACCAAGACCUCUUCUUGAAGACGAUGGCUUCGUUGAACAAGGCCUUGGAGGACGCCGAGCUGGAGAAGGGAGACAUCGACGAUGUCAUCCUCAUGGGCGGCAGCAGCAGGAUCCCCAUGGUGCGGCAGCUUGUCAAGGACUACUUCGACGGCAAGGAGCCCGUCAACGUUGACGGGAUCAACCCUGACGAGGCCGUCGCCUACGGGGCCGCAGUACAGGGGAGCUAUCUGACCGGACACCAUGACGACGAGGAUAGUUGA